AUGGGCUUCGCACAGGAGGUCGCCAACUUCCCGCGGGAGAUUGGCAAGGCUUUUGCAUUGAACAGAAAACAGGCCCUGGUGUUCCUGACUUGCUGGUGGUGCUGGACGCUGGGCUCCAUGAAUUUCUAUCUCCUUCCCUACACACAGCCAGCAGUGGCUAAAACACUUGGGGUAGAAACAUCCAAGAUUGCCGAGGCCAACACAACCACUAUGCUGUCUCGAGCCAUCGGUGCAGCAAUUUUUGGGGUGUUGUCUGACCAGUACGGACGUAAAAUCCCUUUGGUAGUGGACCUUGUCCUAAUGGGAGUCUUCACCCUCUCCUCUGGGUUUGUUCAUACUUAUGGACAGUUUGUGGCAGUACGUUUCCUCUUCGGUAUUACCUAUGGCGCUUUGUACGGUGUUAGCAUGGCCGCGGUUCUCGAGGCUGUUCCUCGAGAAGCCCGAGGAGUUGUCGCCGGCUUUACGCAGCAGGGUUUUGGAGCGGGAAAUAUGAUUGCAUCCGGUCUUCAUUUGGCGAUGGAGAGCUACGGAUGGCGAUCCCUCUAUUACGUCGGUGCCGGUCUUACCCUUACCGCGGUUGGCCUGCGAAUCAUAUGCCCCGACUACUCCGUAGUCACGGAGGCCAUCCGGGAGAAUGAGGACAUUCUUCAGCCUACUCUGAGCCCCACGGGUGCUACAUUGCCCUUCUGGGUCAAGUUUCGUUACGCCAUCACGCAUCACUGGCCGAUAUUCAUCUACUGCACUGUGCUCACAGCGUGCUUCAACACGCUGGGCCAUGGCCAUAUGGACGUUUAUCCUUCCUUCCUUGAGACCCAGCGUGGACUCAGUAUCCGCCAUGAAACCUAUGUCACCGUUAUACUGCAAUGCGGUGGUAUUAUAGGUGGCCUUGUGGGCGGGUAUCUGGCUCGAUACAGCCCCAAAUGGGUUCCUUUCGGCUUUGCCAUUGUCUUGGCUCCCUUGCUUCCAGCCCUUAUCCUUCCAACGAAGUGGCAAUAUCUUGCAGUGGGAUCCUUCUUUUUCGAAUUCUGCUACGGCGCUGCCAUUGGCACAGUCGGCAACAUCUUGCAGAUGGUCUGCCCUCACCCAGGUAUUCGUGGUGCCUUUGGCGGUGUCACCUACAACCUUGGUAAUGCCAUCUCCUCCGUGGCUCCAACUAUUGAGACAAGACUUGGCGAUAAUCUGCCCACGAAGUCUGGAAUCCCGGAUUAUGGACGUAUCAUCCUCAUCCUCGUUGGAAUCGCAAUCGGUCUAUUGUCGCUCACUCUGGCAUGCAUGCCUAUCAAGAACGUCAACUUGGAAUGGGAUCAGGAGGAUCCUAACCAGACAAUUCCGGCUUAUGAGGCACCAGCCAAGACAAUUGAGCACAACCAGGGUCAUAUUGAGCGGGCACACGAUAUUGAGACAGGAGCCAUAUUGAAAAGAGAUGAACAAGCGGGUGUGGAGUAUAUGGAGAUGAGCCCUACCCAAAAGUGA